UAGCUUUAUCAGUUUUAGUUAAGUUUUAUUUGGGUUUUUGCUUCUUCUGUUUGAUAGGGCUCCAGACCAGGGGCCCGUUGUGUAAAAGCGUGUUGUGUAAAAGGUGUAUGGCAGAAGAUGUAUUAGUUUUAUAAGUUGCCAGCAGAAAGCACUGUACUUCUAUGUCCAAUACAAGGUGAUAAUCACCAUAGCAACCGGCUAAUCUUCACUCCGGUCCAAAACAUGUGCGAAUUGAAUUUCGUGGUAAAAUGCAGAAUGAUCCGAAUGACGAAGCCCGCAGUAAAUCACCCGUGAAACCAGCGGUACCUGAUUCUGUUGAGCCUCCGAGAAAAGGCAAGAAAUCCCGUACCAAACCAGAAUCCCACGUUAUCGCUGAUAAUCCCCUGAAUGGUAAUGAUCCCGUUAAUCAGUCCCUUGAACCGCCCAAGAAUGCGUCCAAACGGAGCUCCAGCAAAACAUCCAAACGCCGCACCGAGUCCCGCGUCCAGAUGGCAGCCGAGAAUACGCCCACGGUCCGCGAGUCGAAGGUGGCGCCUCCUGUAGUUAUUUCCAACGGAAGAUUAAGUAUCCAGCCUGUCGGGUCCGAGACGGCCCCCGGGCGCCACCGUGAACUGACGGAAUUGGCGGCGUCCCAGCUGGUGUCGCAGCUGUUGGGGAAACUGCAGCCGACGGAAUCGCUGCCCGCCGCCAAGCGCUCCCGCGAACCCACUGUCAUCCAAGCGGAGGAUCUCGUCGAUGACCUCGCUACAGAUGUCUCCAUUCCGGACGUGCCCAUACAGGAAGCUUUGCGCGGAACAGCGCCGGAGCAGAUCAAUCCAGUUGGCGAAGAACCAAAUGCGAGCGUAGCGGACGACAACCGCCCGCGGGAGCCGACGAUAGUCGAGGCCGCUGAUUUUAUUGCCAACGUGGCUGAGAUUUCCCCAAGUGCAGACCAGAGCGUUUCACGGAAGAUUCACCCGCAAAGGAGCCCGUUGCGGAGAACUUCGGAGCCAUCAGUUUCUAAGUCGCGGGAUACACGCCCACGGGAGCCGACUAUAGUUCAAGCCGACGAACUCAUUACCGAUAUUGUUCAGAACGUAAAACCCGCGCGGACCAACUCGAAUACUGCGGACGCAAAUCCUGACGAUAAAAUGAAAGACAAUCGAAUUGAGGAGAGAAAAAAGUCCGUGACCUUUGACACGCGGCCGCGCGAGCUGACUGCCAUGCAAGCCGAAUCGCUCCUGGACAGUCUUAUCUCCGAUGUUGACUCGCAAGCGACGAAAGCCAAGGAGGCUGUCAUCGCGGAACUGCGCGUCCGCAUCAAAUCCAUCAAUUCCGCCAGCACACCGCGGCGCAGCGAACGCACUCCUUCCGCCCAACGCUCUCGCGAACCAACUACAGUUCUAGCGGAAAAUCUGGUCAGGAGCGUGGUAUCCAGUGCAGACAAAACGGACAGCGAGAAAUUACCAGUCAAAGCAAACAGCAACAACCCGAAUGUCGAUAGAAGCAGCGUCACAACGCCAGUUUCACCGAGCGAAGCUAGCGAAACGCAAACCAGAGAGCUCGCUGCGUUGAACUUCGAUUCGCCGGUGGCCCCGCCUUCGUCACCGCAAAACGUCAUGUCGCCUGCAUCAAGUGCACCGGGACCGUUAGUUCCUGACAAGAAGAAGCGAUCGGAAAGUGGGAAAGUGAAGAAGAAGCGAAAAGAAUCGCGGACCGAGAAAACGAGCGUUACCGAGAAAAACUCUGAAAUUCCUGCGACGACAACCGAAGUUGCCCCUGUGCCUGCCGUUAUGGAAAUCGGGGUUGAACAAACUACGCCGAUUGAGAAACGAUUUGUUCCAACGGAAGCACUGAAUACUUUGGAAUCUGAUCAACCGCAAUCCGAACCGAUCGUUUCCAGUGUUUCCGGCAAAAGCCUCCACCGAAAAGUGCAGAGCUUGCGCUCGAAGUCUCGUCUAAACCUGAAAAGCGUCGGUCGACCAAAACCAGGAAGAAAUCAACGGAUGUCGAACGUCAGCAAGCCGAAACGGUGAAAGC